AUGGCCCUGCCGCCGCCACCCCCCGCCUGGUCUGGCGACGACACGUUUGGCCCCCGCUUGCCCGGCCAUCGCGACCUCACGCUCCUCUUUGAGAAUGUCGUCUUUGCCAUUGUUCCCGCGGCCGUCGUCCUGCUCUUCACGCCACUUUAUUUGCGACGGGCGCUCCGUGAACGUGGGCCCGCCAGGAUUGCCUGGACGCUCUACCUAGAGAUUGCCCUCGCCGGUGGCGUCUUUCUCACCGAUCUCAUCGGCGCGAAUCUAUGGAGCAAAUCGCCGUACGCGCCGCCGUACGCCAUGGCAGCGGCAACAAUCAUGUUCCUGGCCGCCAUCGCCAUGGGCUUUGUGCUUUUCAUUGGUCGCGUCCGUGGCCGCUGGCCUGUCCUGCCGACCGUGUAUGCGGCAACCACGGCGCUGUUUGACGUCGUCAGGAUGCGCUCCUACGUUUUGCGAGACAUGCGUGACAUGGCGGCCGUGUGCAUCAUGACUGCGCUGAUCAAAAUUCUUUUCCUUAUUUCGGGGCAGAUAUCCUUGCGCCUGCGGGACCGCCGAGCGCUGCUCCGAGGCCAGUCCAUCGUCGACUGGGCCAUCUCGACUCUUUCGCUAGGGUUCAGAAAUAACAUUCAUCUGGAGCAUCUACCAGAGUUGGACCCCGCUUCAGAGUCGGUGGCACUCUUCCAUCGAUUCCAGCCGCACUGGGCAAACGUCAACAAAAAGUCUCGCUGGCCGUUGCUCAAAGCUUGUGUCAAGACUCUUCAAUGGGAAUUGACCAGCGCACUGCCACCUCGUCUGGCGUUCUUUGCCUUCAUAUUCUCUCAGCCUUUUCUAAUCCAGCACGUAACUUUACUAGUCAAACAUGGGCGCCCUCCACCCGAUGUCAUUGCUAGGGUUACGGCGUUCACGGCAUUUGUGUUUCUCGGCAUUGGCAUAUGCAAAGGCUACCAUCGGCAGGUCUGCCAUCGCGUGUCGACUUGCUUGCGAGGAAUGCUACUUUCGGCCAUCUUUGAAAAGAUCAUGCAUCUAGAAUGCGAGGUGCUUCAAAAGAAAGAAGCGUUCGAGCUGAUGGAAACUGAUCUGGCCAUUGUCGAAGAAAUGCCGACACGAUUUUGUGACCUCGUCGUCAGCUUUCUCGAGGUUGGAUUCGGCACAUAUCUGCUCCACAACUAUGUUGGCCUGUGGUGCUGCCUAGUGUUCAUCCCAUGUUCUCUUGUCGCUUUUAUGACGGCUGGCAUGAAAUAUUCCAAAACUGCGGCCAAAGACGCAUGGAAUGACAAAAUGAAGCAUCGCGAAGCUGUCACUACAAAUGCAAUGGCUCAGCUCCAAAGUAUUAAAGCAAUAGGCCUUGCACCGAUCGUAUCGACAAACAUACAAGAGCUAUAUGCUGCAGAAUUGCAGUCAUCCUCAUACGACAGAAAGAUGCGCCUUGCCACGCACAUCAUGGACAUUUUUGCCGAGAGCAUAACCCCGAUGCUGGUUCUCAUUGGCUCCGUGUCUUGGAUCGCGUUUCCAAACUCGCACUCAGCCUGCGAAGUGUUUACAAUCAUGUCGCUUGUGUCCCUAGUCUCGGCUGGCAUGGCCACAGUUCUCCUACAAGUACCUCGCUUGGCUGCUAUCACUGCUUCUCUCAGCCGGGUCGAACGAUUUCUACUGCGUGAGCCCGUUAAGGGCUUGUCUACGGAAUUACACGAAAAAGGUAAUGCAGUGACAGAAAUCGGCCGGAUGUACUCCACAUGGCGCUCGUGUACCCCGGAACUAAGAAACGCCACUCUUUCCUAUCAAACAAGCUCAGCCCCGAUCCUGCGCAAUGUUUCUAUUCGAUUUUCCCCUGGAGGUGUUAGCGUGAUUCAUGGCCCAGCGGGUUCUGGCAAGUCGUCUCUGGUGAGGGUUCUCCUGGGCGAGAAGCUUUUGGAUGAAGGCAUUGUUACCAUGCCACCGGGACCAGCAGGCUACUGCGAUGCCACACCGUGGCUUGUCGAAAAAGACCCCCGAAGCAAUGUUAUCGGAAACCACGAGUAUGUCGAGGAAUGGUACAAGAAGAUAGCUUGGGCAUGCCUCAUAAGUGGGGCAGAAGAUGUAUCUGAUGACAAGGGAAUGACAGGGGGAAAUGACAGCAACUUGGCUCUCGAGCAAAAGCAGCGAAUUCAACUGGCACGCGCAGCCUAUGGCAGGCCAAAUCUACUUGUACUGGACGAACCCUGUCGUGGCCUUGACGACGAGACCUCCAUGGCCAUCCUGGACCGCCUCUUUGGUCCUGGUGGUGUCAUGCGUCUGCUAGGAAUCACUACCAUCAUUACUACUGCCAACGCUUCGCAGCUUGCAGUGGCUGACGUCGCAUAUUCACUAGACGGCGAGGGACACGUGGAAGCGCUCGAGAAGCCCAGCCAAAGCUUUUCGGCAACUGUAUCUGAACAAGUUCACCGUUCGCCUACCCGUGAGAUCUACAAAACUGCAGCUGGGCAUCUGGAUAAAACGAAAACGGACAAUACCACAAAAGACGAAAAUGACGACUGGCUGGUUUGGUUCCUUGCAGAUUCGGCAGGGUGGGAGCCAAUUUUGUUCGGUGUCAUGUUACUCACCUGCGCCGCCGUUUCGGAACGUUUUCCGCCCGUUUAUAUCCGCAUCUGGCUGUCAACCGAGCCUGAGAAUAAAUACUGCUUUGUUGGCUACGCAAUAGUCACAAUGUUUCCGGCCAUUCUGACAGCCAUAUCAGUUGGUCUGUUUUACCUGCAGUGCGCUCCUGCCAUGGCUCGCAGCUUCCAUCAAAACAUGGUCACGAGUGUAUUCAACCCAAGCGUUGCGCGGCUGUCCAAGCUGGACUCUACUCAACUGACCGGCUUCUUCUUUAAAGACCUGUCGGUACUGACACAAGAGCUGCCAAGGUCAAUUGUCGAGGUGAUGUACUUGGCAACUCUGGUAACAUGUGACGUUUUGAUCGUCUUGACAUGCAAUAGAUACGUUAUCAACGUUCUACCUGUGAUUCCGGCUACUGUAUUUGCCCUGCAGAAUCAUUAUCUGAGCAUCCAUAGCCAGGUACAGUCUCUUGCACGAGAGGCUACCGCACCCCUGCUUGCCCACUUUCGAUUCGCGACUCAGGGCAUCAUCCAUAUCCGAGCUAUGAGAUGGGAGUCUGUCUUUCUAAAAGACUGUCAGAAGCUCAUUGACCAUUCGCUGCGGCCACACUAUGGCGUGUCCUGCAUGCAGCGCUGGCUUCAUCUCGUCAUCGACGCGAUCGUUGCCACUCUAGCCAUCGUCUGCGUCGGUACGUCUCUGUGUCUGGCUGAUACAAUUUCAGAAACGGCCAUUGGCCUUGCGAUGCUGAACCUGGUCUCGUUUGGCUCCGUCGUGUGUCGUCUUUUUGAUGGAUGGGUCAACUUACAAGGGCCCUGGGCUGCGCUGAACCGACUCAAGCUCCUGACCGAGGCGGCAAAGCCAAAGCAGAAGAUCCAGUACAAGCGAGAAUUCGACAACUGGAAGACAACAACCGGGAGAUUCGACAUGUAUGCUGUCACGGCAGGCUUUGACGGGUGCUACACGGACAAUGACGCUCUGCGAAAUGUUUCUGUCCAGAUGCCCAGCGCAUCCAAGCUUGCCAUCAUUGGCCCUCCAGGAAGCGGAAAGUCUUCACUGCUACUAUCUAUCUUGACCCUAUUGGACUUUGCCGGCACCAUUUACAUUGAUGGCUCGAACGUGCAGAAUAUUCCACCCGAUGUGCUGCGCGAAAGCGUCGUCACGCUUCCGCAAGGUGGCGUCCAGCUGCCUGGGACGAUUCGUCGAAACUUGGAUCCAUGGGCGACACCGGAACACUCUUUCAGUGACGCCGAGAUUUUCGCCGUUCUGGACCGUGUCGGCCUUGCCGCGCUCGUUCAAGCGCGCGGUGGCUUAAGCACCAACUUUGACUCGGCGCGUUUGUCCUCCUGCGAGAAGCAGCUGCUCUUCCUUGCCAGGGCUAUUCUCCGCAAGGGACACCUGGAAGCACGUCUUGUUUUGGUCGACGACAUUACAAGCGACGUUGACGAAGAGACAGCCGACCGCAUACAAGAUAUCAUCGAGACUACCUUUGCAGACUGCACUGUGGUUACGGUGACGAGUCGGAUGGAGAUGCUCAGGAACAUGGAGAAAAUCAUCGAGAUGCACGAGGGAAGAGUUGUCAACAUGAUUGACCGCCCGAGACAUGCGCCGAAAGAUAAUGACGAUUAUGAAUCGGACGAAAUGGACUUUGGGAUAUAUUAA